UCCCACAGCCAGUUGUGCCAGUUGCCAUGGUUUACAGUGGCAACAGUAUUUAUUUACAAUAAAUACACCCCGAAGUCCUGGUUGACCUCUCCUGUCUCCCUGCCUUUCUCAAGAAAGAAGCUCCUGUUUUUCAGGAAGGACCUUGGAGAAUUCAGUGGGGGAAAACCCUUGGCCACCAGCCAGCAGACCUGGGUAUCAGGGAUAAAAGGAGAUCUCCUGGUCCAAGGAACCAGAUCUGCUGUGGAUCUUCGUAGCAGAAGAAUCAAGGAUGUUUUUCUGGAAGACCUUGUUGCUGGUUGGGGCUCUUUCAGCCUCUGGACGCUCUGCACCAUCAGAGGGACCGCUGUCCUUUGAGGAAGCAGUGGAACAGGGAGUGGACAUCUACAAUAGCAAUCCCGAGGAAGAUUCCCUCUACCGCCUCCUGGAAGCUGUUCCUCAACCUGAUUGGGAUCCCAAUUCUGAAAGUACCCAAGAGUUGAAGUUCACCAUCAAGGAGACGGUCUGUUCAAAAGAAGAAGAAGGUUCCUUGGAUAAAUGCAACUUCAAGGAAGGCGGGGUGGUCAUAGAAUGCACAGGCGAAUUCUUCCUUCAGGAAAAGCCCUUGGUGGCUGUUCUCACCUGUGAAGCUGUGGACGGAAUAGAGGAGGAGGAAGAAGAAGAGGUGAAGGAGAAGGAAAAGAAGAAGAACCAGGAGGAGGAGGAUCAGGUGGAACGUGGGAACUUUGCCAAGGACGGGUCCAAGGCAAGGGUCAAGAAAUCGCUUACGAAAUGGGUGAAAUUCCUUAAGAAAAUCAUUGCAAAACUCGAGAGACCAAAGAGAGGAUUCUGAAGGAUCCCAUCUCCCAAUUUCCGAUCCCAGAAAAGCCAGCACAGAAAACGAUGAUCCAGAUUGGGGCUUUCCGAAUCAAAAAUUGAAAUAAAAUUCAAACUCCGAACCCAGGCAGGAAAGG